AUGGACUGCUCACCAGACAGCUGCCUCUCUGUGCAAGUAUCCCCAUGGCUGGACCAGGAAUGGGACCUGAUGGCAGAUUCAGAACCCCCUUUGGAGCUGCACGUGGAUGAUGCAGGUACAUGCUUAGAGCUCGAGGGAGAUGCUACAGAUGCCCUGUUGGAGCCUGAAGUUGCACAUGCCCCCUUGGAGCUACAUAUGGAUGUCACAAAUGCCCCCCUGGAGCUGAACAACACAGACGCACCCUUGGAGCAGCAUGUGGAUGGCGCAGAUGCUCCCUUGGACUUAGAUGUUGCAGAGCCCCAGACUCUGAGCAUUGAGGAGCUGGGAGAGCAUUUCCAGGAAUGCAUCGAAGCAGUGGAGCAGCUGGAGGAGGAGAGGGAUAGCCUCAUCCAGGAACUCACGCUGCUCCGGGAACCUGCCCUUCAAGAAAUCAGACAAGCUCAUGAGGAGAUACUGGCAGCCUACAGACUGCAGGCCAAGGUGGAGCUGGAGCGGGACAAUCUGAGAAAUGAGAUCCGACAAGUCAAGCAGAAGCUAUUCAAGGUGACCAGAGAGUGUGUGGCUUGCCAGUACCAGCUGGAAACCAGACGGCAUGACAUGGCCCAGUAUGCGGUCUAUCGGGCUGAACUGGAAACCAGGGUCAGCCAGCUUUCAGAGGAAAUAUCGCAGCUGAGAGAGACUUGUGAAAAGCAGAAGGAACAGUUCAGGCAGCGUCUGGAGAUGCCCCAGUACCGGGGGGAUAGCCAUUACUUGCAGGAGAGCCGAAGGCUUUCCAUGGAGUUCGAGAGCUUUGUGGCAGAGAGCCGCCAGGGCCUGGAGAAACACUAUGAGCCGCAGCUCGUGUGCCUUUUAGAAAGGAGAGAAGCCAGUGCUAAGGCUUUGCAACAAACACAGGGAGAGAUUCAGGGGCUGAAGGAGACACUGAGACCACUGCAGGGAGAGGCCAGCAGGCUGCGGCUGCAGAACAGAAAUCUGGAAGAACAGAUCAUGCUCAUUAAGCAAAAACGGGACGAAGAAGUUCUCCAGUACAGGGAACAGGUGGAAGAGAUGGAAGAGAGGCUACGGGAGCUGAAAAAUGAGGUCCAACUUCAGCAACGUAAGAACCAAGAAUUGGAAGAGCUAAGGACCAGCCUGCACCAGGAGCUAUCUAUUUACAAGGGCUGCUUAGAAAUCUAUGGUCAUCUUUGCAACUCAGAAAAGGUCGAUCAAGACUGA